UUUGAUCUGUUUUAAACCGUAGAGCACUUUGGUAUAAAAAAUAUUUGGCUUUAACUAGCAAUACUGCCCUCUAGUGGAGAGAGAUAGUAAAGGCAGGAAAAGUUCACAGAUCUGGUUUGAAACUUAAGACUUCUGCGAUGUUUUUUUAUUAUUACACAAAUGAAGGUUGUUGUUUAAUGGUAAUACAGUGGAGGUUUUCUGCAAGAUAAAUUGGUGAUCUGGUCGUGUUCAUAUCUUCUCUGUCAGACGGAGGGUUUUUGUUCUCAUGCAGUCUGGAACUGUCUGGCGCUGUCAGACGUUUCCAGAAGCCUGGCAGCAGGUGUUGCAUCUGCAGGCAGCUCAUAUAUCAGCCCAGCAGGAGAAGCGGCUGUUUUACACCAUUAGCAGCUUCAAAAUGACGGAGACUCGGAGGACCGUCCAGCAGGCCUCAGGUAAAUCUCUGGCCUUCCACUCGCAGAAGGAAAUGUUUGAGAAACUGGAGGAAUCUUUUAAAAUCUGCGCGUUCUGUGAGAAACGGCCUGAACAGCUUUCAGAGUCACAGAGUUUGAAGCGCUGCGCCAGGUGUCUAAAUGUUUAUUACUGCUGUAAAGACUGUCAGAAGGAGGAUUGGUCCAAACACAAGAAGUUCUGCCCCCAGCUGCGUUUAGCUGCGAUUGACAGAGUUGUUGAAUGGCUUCUGUUCAAAGGCGACCUUCCGUUCUCCACAGAGAAGUGGUCAAAGCCGGGGUCGGAGGUGAAAACCUGGGACGACUGGCUCUCCAUGCAGGGCGACCUCUCAUCCCGCCUCGACGCCAUCGUCAGUGGGGCCAACAUGAAGGAUUUAUGGGCCGACGCCGGCCGGCCCCGACCUGGGGAUGAUGACCUGAAGCAGUCGCUCUGGAGGGUCUGCAGCGAGUUCUUCUCCAGGCCCCUGACCGUGGCCCUGGGCCUCAGGCUGUUCGGCCUCAGCCCGGCCUCCCGGCCGCUCACCGUCCACCUGGUGGGGGCGGGGCCCGGCGAGACGCUGGCGGCCAAGCUGAGCGACUACGACGAGCUGAACCACGUGUUCCCUGGACACCAGGGCAUCGAGGUGGUCAUGGUGGGGCCCGAGGUGGCGGACGGCCCCGUCCUGAGGCCCCCUCUCCGAGCCUUCGGCCCCAAGCAGAGGGUCUACGUCAGCGCCUACCGGGGCCUCUACCACCACUUCUGGGAGGAGCUGGUGGAGAAGGAGGAGGCGGCCAAACCGGACCUGGUGGUCGGUUUUAAUCCAGGUUUUGAUGCCAGUCAGGGUCUGGACCAGGGCUGGCUGCCAACCCUUCUGCUCCUCCGCGAUUAUGAGAUUCCCUCCAUGUUCACCUCACUGACUGAGACAGAUAUGACCUACAGUCUGCAAAUCCUGCUGGAGCUGGAGAUGGACCUGAAGGGCAGUGGAGCCAACCCGUUUGCCUCCCUGAAGCCAGAGGUCGUCGGGUCGACGCCCAACAAGCCUCCUGUCUUCUGCAACUCGCACUACUUCAGCUUCCAGGGUUUACUGGCGACGGCGGAGCUGGAGGAGCCAGAGUCGACCUGAAGGGGGCGCCGGUGGAAAACUGAUGGAGUCCAGGACAGUGAAGUCACAGCUGAACUUUUCUACAGUGACUUAAUGGACAGAACCAGGUCUACAAUGUAAAGGAUGAGGU